ACAAUAUGUACAUUAUAUUUAUUCAAUUCGGUCUGAGCAAAACUGAUACAUGUAACGGUAGAAACACAGUCCAUAACAGUUUGUCAUCAGCCGAUCAUCAUAUCACCAGCGUAUAGUGUAUACAUACUAUCAUUAUAGUUCUCGUGACAACAAAGAUAUACUUCGUAUAUAACAAUAAUAAUAAUAAGAUGGAAAACAUCGAUGAUCGUUUCUUUGAUGAAGACUACUCAUCAGAGUUGGGAGCUCGUAGUAAUGAAGCUUCUCUACCUCUAGAUGAUGAUGACAUCUUUUCAAUCCUUGAAGCUUUGGAUUCCAACUCUUCUGCUCCUCCUCGUCCUCCUCCUUCGGCUUCGGCUUAUUCCGACUUCGUCAACCUCCUCCCCCCCGCUUCAAAUGACACGAAAGCCGCUUUUUUCGAAACGACAAGCCCCCGAGGGACGGAGGGCUUGUCGUCGCCGAGGAAUUGCAAGCGGCGCAAAACCGCCCUUUUUGAGGAUAAUCAGCAGCAACCUCGGGCGUCUCACGUAAAUGUAGAGAGGAACCGCAGGAAGCAGAUGAAUGAGCAUCUCUCUGUCCUCCGCUCUUUGAUGCCUUCUGUUUAUGUCAAAAGGGGAGAUCAAGCUUCAAUAAUAGGAGGUGUUGUGGACUACAUAACGGAGUUGCAACAAAUUGUUGAAUCGCUAGAAUCGAAGAAACAAAGAAGGGCUUUUAGUGACAAUUUACUUCCAAGUCCACGAACACUAAAGCCUGCUACUUCAAUAUUGAGCCCAAGAGGGAUGGGCUAUCCCAUUAGCCCAAGAGGGAUGGGCUAUCCCAUUAGCCCAAGAGGGAUGGGCUAUCCUGUUAGCCCAACAACGCCGCAAAGGCCACAACGACCCGGCCUGUCAACGCCCAAUAGGAAUUCUCCCGGUGCCUAUUAUUUACCCACAUCCUCACCGUCGUCUGCUACCCUCGUAUCGCCCCAACUUCAGCCGGCGACGGCGACGGCGCCACCGCCUUCCAACGAGCUUGCCGUGAAUUCCGGGUCGGAAAGAGCACAGGUGGAGGUGAAGUUCUCCGGGGCUAACGUGGUGUUGAAGACAGUGUCUUCCCAUAUUCGUGGUCAAGCCCUCAAGAUCAUAUCUCUAUUAGAGAAUCUUUCCUUGGAAAUCCUCCAUGUCAGCAUCACCGCCAUUAACGACCACACCAUGCUUAACUCCUUCACGAUUAAGAUAGGGAUCGAAUGCCAACUGAGUGCGGAAGAGCUGGCUCAACAAGUUCAACAAUCAUUCAGCUAAUUAAUUCAUAUACUUUUGCAUAUGUCAAUAGGACAACGAUUUCACCGAUUCUUCACUAUAAAAUCGAUCAUUAGCCAGUUUGUAUGCUGAUUAAUUAAUAUAAGCAUAAAGUUAAUUACUUUGUAACGUUUUUAUUUAUUGUAUUCUCCUGAGAUCAGGCAUAUUGAUUAGUUUUUCUUUAACAAAUUGUUAGUUGAUAAUCUGAGUGAUUAAGUAUUGGC